CACCUCGCAUUGUGCACAUACCCUUCGAUCCCAAAAGCGCUUCGCAAACGUGAUUUCAAGAUGACCAGCUUCAUGCAUAAAAUCAAAUCGAAGAUGUCUGGAGGAUCACGUCACAAUGAACACCGCUUGCAGAAGCGUAAUCCAUACCAGGUGACCAAGGAUGAACACUCCAUCGAGUCUCAUCCAAUAAAGCCCUAUGAUCCUCGCGACCUUACGGAACUAGCAGGGCCUGGUUUCCAGUUUAGUGAGAGGUAUCCUAGUCGUCAGACUAUGCAGGCCCAUGGGCGUUACGUCCAGAAACAUAGGUCUGCUAGUGAUGAUGAAGCGUCGCAGCCGUAUGACAAGCCCCGAAACUUUCAUUCUGAUGAUUUCCACCCAAAGUAACGUGCACGAUCAUGGACGGUUACGGCAGUUACCAAUAAUUUGAGUUUGCUUGA